CCUGACACGACGUAAACAAUAACUUGCUAAAUCAUACGAACCGCUGAAUAGGCGGCCAUUCAAUCACUUUCUAUAUAGUCGAUCAGCUGCGACCGAGCGCAAUACAUCAUGUCGAGUCAUCCGUCGAUCAAAUCUAUCGUUUCCAGCUCUAGAAUUAUGUUCGGGCUUCUGCCUGGACUCGGAGCUCUAAUAGUUAUAAGAAUGGCUAUACACUUAUACAGGCCAGAUAUAGAGGACUCGGAACAUAGAGUCCAAGACCGCAACAUCGAAGAGAUGUACGAUUGUUACGACUUCAUCAUAGUUGGAGGUGGUUCAGCUGGGGCCGUUCUCGCGAAUCGUCUGUCAGAGAAUCCGAAUUGGAAUGUACUUCUUUUAGAAGCAGGUCCGGAUGAAAAUGUGCUAUCUGAAGUGCCAAUACUUUUUCCAACGUUACAAACAUCGGCAAUAGAUUGGCAGUUUGUGACGGAACGCAGUGAUCAAUAUUGUGUUAACAUGGUUGAUAGAAGGUGUAAAUGGCCACGUGGUAAAGUGCUUGGUGGCUCAAGUGUACUAAAUGCUAUGUUGUACAUAAGAGGCAACAAACGUGACUACGAUAAUUGGGAAAAUAUGGGAAACCCUGGUUGGGGAUAUGAAGAUGUAUUACCAUAUUUUAUCAAGUCCGAGGAUAUAAGAAUACCGGAACAUUUGAAUGACCCCUACCACGGAACUGGAGGUCCCUUGACCGUAGAGUAUUUCAGAUUCGAACAUCCAAUCACAUCUAAAAUACUCGAAGCUGCUACGCAAUUGGGUUACGACGUACGGGACGUGAAUGGCGAAUUUCAAACGGGAUUCACUCGUUCUCAGGCUACUGUUCGAGACGGUCUUCGAUGUAGCACCGCAAAAGCAUUCUUACGACCGGUAUCCCAAAGACGAAACUUGCACAUCAGCCUUCAUUCUUUAGUAGAAAAAGUUUUAAUAGACGAAAACAACACAGCGUAUGGAGUGAAAUUCGUUAAACGUGGACAACAUAAAAUCAUUAAAGCAAGUAAAGAGGUGAUUUUAUCGGCAGGCUCUAUCCAAUCUCCACAAUUAUUGAUGUUAUCAGGUAUAGGUGACGCACAGCAUUUGAAAGAAGUUGGCAUACACCCAAUAGUAAAUUCACCUGGUGUUGGAAGAAACUUACAAGACCACGUCGCGAUGGGCGGACACUCGUUCCUCUUCGACAAUCCAUACAAAAACGAAUCCGAUUAUUGUUUUAACUUAAAUACUGUGUUUAGUAUUGGAAGUCUGAUGGACUUUAGCUUGCACAAAACUGGAGUUAUGUACAGCAUGAUAGAGGCGGAAGCGAUGGCUUUCGUUAAUACGAAAUUCCAAGACCCUGCUGAAGACUAUCCCGAUGUUCAACUGUUCAUAGCACCAACCGCUGACAACAUGGACGGCGGACUGUUCGGAAAACGUGCGAACGGACUAACAGACGAGACGUACGCCGAACUGUACGAAGAUAUUUUAUACGAAUCGUCAUUUUCUGUGGUGCCGCUGUUGUUAAGGCCGAAAAGUCGUGGAUAUAUAAGACUCAGAGAUUCAAAUCCAUAUUCACCGCCGCUUAUCUACCCUAAUUAUUUCACGGAACCUGAUGACGUUAAAGUUUUGAUCGAAGGAGCUCGCAUAGCCCAAGCGUUAGUGGAACAACCAGCACUAAAGGCGUUGAAUGCGCGUCCCAACUCCCGCAGGAACCCUGGCUGUGCCAAACACGAGCUGAUGUCGGACGAGCACCUUGAGUGUCAGGCCAGACACCACACAUUCACGAUCUAUCAUCCAGUAGGAACCUGCGCAAUGGGACCCGACGACGAUCCUGGAGCGGUUGUGGAUUCGAGACUAAGGGUGUAUGGUAUCAAGAAUCUCAGGGUGGUCGACGGCAGCAUCAUGCCUACCAUCGUGAGCGGCAACACAAACGCACCGAUCAUCAUGAUCGCCGAGAAAGCUUCAGACAUAAUCAAGGAAGAUUGGUUCAAUAUCCCAGAAGACAUAGGAGCUGUGUGCCCCGUACAAAAUAAACUCAAGAAUUCUGAAAGUGAAGAUCCCACGAAAAUAGAUCUAAUUUCAAAACGUUUAGAUGUUUUCAAUGAAACAGCUAAUCUUUUUCCAGUUUUGUCGAAACACAUAAAAUUUGAUGAAACUAAAUCGAGGAUAAACAAUGGGAAUGAACAACCUGCACAUACCAUUGUAGAUAAAAAAACACCAUUGAAAACUAUUCUAACAGCAAAUUCGUUCACAAAUGACGUAAAAAAUCCUUUAACAGAUAUGGCACCCAGCUAUAGCAAGCCGUAUCCAGAUGUAUAUGGAUAUAUUCCACCAUUACUUCCCCCGCCACCACCUCUACCCUAUUUUCCAAUUACACCAGACAAUACGUAUUAUAACACGUAUAAUCAAAAUCCAAUACAUGAGAGCGUCACAACAUAUCCCUAUAAUGAACCUAUCGAUAUAAAUACUUUCAAAAUAAAUUCUAAAUUCAAACAUAGAAAGAAUAAAUUUACGAAAAAGUUACCAGUGUUUCCAAAUCUGAAUAAUAGGUUCAGUUUUAUUAAUUACAGACCCAGCUAUGAACCAAUUCCUUACUAUGAGACAAAAGAGGAAGUAUCUCCUAAUGGUCAAAGAAAGUGCAGGAUAUGGUUAUAUUACGAUGGGAUAAAAUAUGAAGUAAUUUUGUAAUUUUGUUAAAAUAUGAGAAUUAUUGUACAUAGUCUAGACUAAGAUAUAAAAUUAAAUGAGAUUUAAAACAGUAAUUUUUAUUCAAUCCCGUUUGGAAGUUGUUUUAUUUCGUAUUUUUUACGUUAUUGCUGAACCUUGCCUGAAUUCUGACCGCUACGACUUGUAAGGGCUUUUUACCGGAGUUAUUUUAAUGUUUUUUUUAUGGGUAGAUACAGCUUGAUAAUAUGCCAUUUAAAGGUUAUUAUGAUUUAGUUGUCUUCAAGAAACCUCCAAAAAUAUAUUUUUCGGUCUUCAACACUUCGACCUUUUCUAUUUUACUCCAUCUUGUACGAAAAUAUUAUGAUAAAACAUUUUUCAUGUAUUCAGUCACGUGAUAGAUUACAUCAAAGUUUAUUAGAAAUAAAAUAACGCGAUAGUUGUUGAGAACCAAAAAAAUAACGCGAUAGUUGUUGAGAACCAAAAAAAUAAAGCAAUAUAAACACUAUAAAUUAUUAAGCAAUAUAAACACCUACUUUGCUAUCAAAAUUGGUGUGACAUUUUGAUGAACUACUGAACCGUUUAUUGUGGGUUAUGUAGUAUCAAAAUUAUGUAAUUAUGUCUAAUCACCCAUAAUUAUAUCGUCCAGGAUGAUAACGAAUACAAAAAUCUAAUCGCUGGCAAGUAUGUUGUUUUUUUUUUAUAUGAAUAUCAAUUUUAAAUAUGUACUAGGUAAUGCGCGCGUCGCCGCCUACGUUGCAGUGUCCGCUGAUCAUACCGUCUUUCGUCUCUCUACUUUACACCAAAUUUAAUAGGUAUCAUCGCGGCUUUACUUUUUAUAUGCGCAAAAUUUGUGCGUGUGCUGUCACCGUUUUUAAAAAGCUCAUUUGCUGUGCAUAAUUGUAAUAGAGCUUCAGACUUAUUUAGCAUUUGAAUUGUAACAUAAUUCAUACGAUGUUCGAAUCUAUAGUUUGUCACUGUACCUAAUAAAAUAUAUAAACUCUUUUUGUUGUUUGCGUGUACACUUAUGAUACCACAUCGCGGAAAGUUCGCAAGAAAAGCUGACAUGAAUAUUUACUUUCUGAUUACUUUUAAUAACAUGAACUUUUAUUGUUUGCUCGUUAAAAACAGUGCCUCCUGGAAUAUUCAAAUUACUUGAGGUGUCCACUCACCAUGCUUUGCGAAAUGUUAUAAUUUUAACCU